UCAACUUCUCCUCGAUCACAUCCAACGACGACAAAACUUUAUACUGAAAACUCAACUCCUCGUCCGGAUUCAAACAGCUGAAAUAUUUCGGCGAGUUCUGCAACCAAACCUUGAUUAGUGCGGUACAGCUAUAGCGUAUUUUGACAGCUGUCACAACAACAACUCGAGACCAAGUACCACAACUGAGGGCUUUUAAAUGUGGUUUUCAGCGACUAAUUAGCCAAUUAGCGUCCACCGUGCGGGAAAUUGUGAAAAAUCGCCGCACCGCGGCGAUCAAGUCGUGGCCGAUUAGCCAAAAUGGCGGAGCAACGCCCACUGGAUGAACGGUCGAAAGCGAGUAGGGAGAAGGCAUUUGUUCGGUUUAUUAACCUAACCGAACGGACGGUUGAGGUGAUUUGGAUCAACUUCACGGGGGCUUAUGUCAGCUAUCAGUUGUUGGAAAGUGGCGGUUUUGUCGAUGUGAACACUUAUAAAGGGCACACGUGGAUUGCCAUUGACCAUAAAACUAGAGAUAGGUUGCAAAUUGAGAAGCAGUUUGUUUAUUACCCCAAAACGACGAAAGACUACUUGAAAAAUCUGUACAACAAGGAUGGGGUCAGAUGGGACAUUAUUAGGCCCGAUUUUGAGGCUAGGAUUAAAUGUGUUAUCACAAUCCCUGUCCAUAGUUUACGCUACACAUGUUUGUUGGCAAUACGGAAUUUUCUGGGAAGUCCCGAAGAUGCUGACAGGUUAGAAUUACCCAAACAACUGACCGACGAUUUAAAAAAAGUUGUUCUCCAACGAAACAACCAAAUUAUACACACGUUUAUCAGAAUAGGAGAUUAAAUUCAUAGUUCAGUGUUGUUAAGUUGGUAAAAGCGUCAUAUGGUGAAUUUUACAUUUUAAGAUUGUCAGCAUUGACAUGUCACGUGAUCUAAUACCAUCUAUGUCCAAAUGUUUUAAUUAAUUCAAUUAUUUUCACAUUGACAUUUGUUUAUACAUAUAAAAAAUUAUUUUUUUAUUUUUAUAAAUUCUUCUAUAUUGUUUUAUUUAUAUUUUACAAGGGUUUAAAUAAGAGACAAGUUAAAAAAAU